AUGCCUGAUAAUACUUCAGCAUUGAGCGGAUAUGCGUACACCCAAGAGCUAUUAACUGGACCUAGUACACAAUGUCAAGAGUUGAUGCGCCUCUCACGUGAAGCGUAUAUACUGUUAUGCAAUCAUUUUAGACAAGGAAAUUGGAUGAAAGACAGUAGACAUGUUAGUGUAGAAGAGAAAAUGGCAAUAUUUUUGACGAUGAUUGGCCAUAACGAGCGUUACAGAGUGAUUAAACGUAGAUUUCAACGCUCCACAAGAACUGUUCAUGUUUGUUUCCAUGAAGUUUUACUGGGUAUGAUGGAAUUCACAAGAGAAAUAGUGGUGCCAACAACUUCUGAUACAACUUUAAAUACGUCUAGUCAUCAAAGACGUUUGAGAGAAAUAUUUCCGGGUGCAAUAGGUGCUCUAAACGGUACCCUUAUACAUGCAAUUGUGCCAGCUAGUCAUCAAACUGCUUACAGGGGAAGAGGAGGCGGUCGAUGCUAUCAAAAUGUUCUAGGAAUUUAUAAAUAUUAUCUUUGUGAUGUUGCGUACGCCAAUGCUCGUGGAUUUUUGCCUCCAUAUCGUAACACAAGGUAUUGGUUGGCAGAUUUUCGACGUCGACGUGCUUUGACUAAAGAAGAAAGGUUUAAUCAUGCACAUGCCCAACUCAGAAAUGUUAUUGAACGUGCUUACGGUGUCUUGAAAGCGAGGUUUCCGAUCUUAAAGCAGAUGGCUCCCUUUCCAUUUACAACACAAAGAAAUGUGGUAAUUGCUUGUAUUACGAUACAUAAUUUCAUCAGAAAAUAUAAUAUUCAAGACCAGUUGUUUAUGGAGUGCAAUGAGGAUAGUAUAUUUAACAACGAAGAAGAAGAAGAAGUCGAAGAAAAUGGAGAAGAAGAACUGGACAUUCCCGAAUGGGGUGCUAAUAGCACUCAAUAUAUGGCUACUUUGAGAGAUGGAAUUGCAAAUAGUUUGGUCAAAAAUGUUUGA